AUGACUGAAAAAGCUGGGCAUAUGCCCAAACUUGAUGAAUGGCCUGCCAUUAUAAGUCAUCUGGUAGCUGAUCAUGACAUACUGUCUCCCAAAGAGGAGGCACAUCCAGAGCCACACACUGUGACCGACUCUAACAGCUGCAAAAACUCGCCCUCCCCAAUCCCCUCUGGUUGUGCUUCUCUGAACAAUCCAUCCUCUGAUUCUACUUUAGGCGCCCAGUAUCCUGCUCAGGCUUCCGCUCCAGAAUCUGCUCCGGUGUCUACCUUCCCAAUUCAUUCUCCCCUUCCUUUAGCCCCAUCUUCUUUUAUCUCUUCCCAUCACCAAAGUUCAUCUUCCUCUUCCACCAUCCGUCCUGCAAAACAUCCUAAGUUGGCACCUGGACACUCUUCCGAAUCCUUUGAGUUUGUACCCCAGACUUAUCCUCCCCUCGGCUUUCAGUCCCAAUUCUACCAGUAUCCUUUUGAGACUGUACCCCAAGUCUACCACAAUCCUGUCGACUUUGCUCGUCAGCUCUCCCCCUCCCCUGCAAGCUCCUCCGAACCCGAUUCUCUUCCGUCUAACACCACCAACAUGGGUUGGCCAUUUGACCUGGAUGGGCUCCCCGACUAUGGGGCAUUCGACCGUUUUGAAAGCUACUCAAUCGAGGAUCUCCUUCAGCAGGCUUCCACUCCAUUUGGUAGUAUUGCCGAGACGCGCCCACCUUCUCGCAAGGGCGUUCUGGUGAUCUCUAACAUCCCGUACACUGUGACUCGCCAGGAGGUGGCCUCAUUCCUUGGACGCAGUGCUAACCUGCUCCCAUCCUCUCAAGGAUGUCCGAUUCACAUCAUUAUGGAACGGUCCACUGGAAAGACAAUGGAUUGUUAUGUUGAGUUUCCAACUAAUAAGGAUGCUGAAGACACUGUCAAUCGGAUCAGUCAUGCCUAUGAUGCUGGCAGCACCCCACGUAUGGGCAACCGCCAUGUCGACAUAGAGAUGAGCACCCCGGCCAAGCUGCUCAAGGCUGUCUUUCCCCGGGCAAAGUGCAUUUCAUGGGAGAAUGGAGAACCUGUUCAGCUUGUCAACAAAGAUAGCUGGUCCACUGGGUUUGAUGGCUUCCUCACUGACGAGGAAUUGUUUUGCCUCACUCGUCAUGCAGAACAACCUCAUCGUAGUGCGUUUGCUAGCAAGGUUCCUCAGCGUUGCUAUGAAUCGUUCAUCACCACUAUCUGGAAGUUCCCAUGGCACGCAACCCAUCUUUACACUGUGCAUCAUCGUAAUGCCCUUUUCAAGACUCUUGGUACCUUGAUCAGGACUCUGGUGGAACGUAUGCAAAAGUCAAACACAGUGGGAUUGGAUAUCCGUCUUCUCAGUGAGCUGGUUCAUGCGGGAAUCAGUUGCCCUGCUUUUAAUCCUCGCAUGAAGUAUUGUUUUGCUUGGUGGUCAAAGGACCAGAGAGGCAUUGAGUCGCUGGACCAUGACUGGUGCCUUUACUUCCCGUUCGAUACUAUGACAUAUGUUCCUGGACAAAGUUCUGCGGCCAUUCAGUUUUAUUCCUACGUCAUGUCUCACGGUUCUGUUCUGCGCACCGAGAAUGAUGGUCUACUCAACAAGCAUACUCACCCUGAGAUCGAGCGAAUUUUCGGAAGAUUCUGGUUUGAGUGGGAUGACGGCGUUGCCCGUAACAAGGUCUUCAAGGACGCAAUAAUCUACGAAGCCAGUGUUCUUCGAAAGUUCAUAAUCACUGGAUUCCAGCAGCUCCACAGACGGAAAUCUAGCAUCUCAACCAUUGGCACUGCUCCUGGCUCGUCUCCAACCUACAGUAUCACUUCAGUUGACAGCCAGCGCACCAUCUCGGUGUCCCACAGUGCCUCGGUGAACCCCAGCCCUGCCUCCCAGGAAAGCUCAACGGUUUCGGUCACCAGCAACACGACUAGCAGCCUCCGUGAGCAUGGUAACGACUGGAAUGUCCCUGGUAUCCCCCGUGCUAGCUCUCAGCGACUUGAUGCUGACCAAUAUCUGCCGGACACCCCUACCCACCGGCCUCGUGCAUCGGCCCCUCCCUACCGUCCGCCGCAUCAACGACCUGCCGAUCAAACCAAGUCUCGCAAUCAGUCUGUCAGCUGGCGUAUGCCUCAGACCCAGGAGGCACCUGCGACUGGCUCAACUCAGAGCCACGCUGAGAUGCGGCCUAUGUACCGUGCUCCGCACCCGACUGCACAGAACGUUCGUUCUUCCUCCGACCCUUUCGGACCGGUUCCUUCGAUUGCUCCCGCUAGCCACCGCUCUCGCUCCGACGCCACCCGUCUGUCGAACACCGAUCGCCGGGCCUUUGAUGAGCUCCGAGCUGCUGGCCGCAGUACCCGAUCCGCAAAGAAGUGA